CAGGCCCGCGUUGCGCACGCGUGUGGCGCGUAGUUUGUUUAUUCCGCGUUCCCAGCAUUUGACAAUUUGUUCUUGAGGGUGUAACUACUGUUUGUGAUAUACAGUAUACGUCGGCUUCAAACGAGCCGGCUUGGAUUGCGAAUAUUCAUUUGUCGCUAAGAAUCAAUAGUGGAGUGCGAUGGGAUGCAAGGAUCUAGAGCGUGGCUUCUGCGCGCCCUCCUACUCGCUGCGUUGGCGGUGGGGGGCGCUGACGUCAUCUUCCGAGUUCCAACUGUCAUGGUACACCCAAUAUCAGUGCAGAAGCGUGUGGGUAUAGAGUCCGGCAAUGACAGUAAGGCAAACGACACCGAAGCGUGGGCGGAAAGCGAAGUAGAAGUGACUUACGAGGAGUACUUCGUAGAACAUGACGUCUCUGCAGCUGACGCACGCGCCGCUGCCAUCGCCCUACGGCUGGAAGAUAUCCCUGAUAGUCUAGAAGGCUGCGGACCGUGUAGUCGGCGUGAGGUGGAGUAUUGCGAGACGCGAGUUGUAGCGGACCAUUGCUGCUGCGAGAGACGUUACCUGCCUGAACCCUUUCCUUGGCUGCCACACACAUGCUAUAUGGGUCCACACCGCUGUCGCCCUCUGGCGCACGAUUGUGUUCGUUACGUACGAUUGCGGGACUGCUGCUGUUACCGUCAUUUGGCCCAGCGAUGGAAGGCUAUCUUAUCACGUUCCAGCCGGGUGGCAGUGGGAGGUGUAUCGCUCUUAUUGCUCUCCAUGUUAUUAUUUGUGGCGUACUUGUGACCCGCGCCCACGCACCCGCCGCCGCUGCCGCCCGCGCAUGUCUGAUCAGCUCCAAUUUUAUGCCCUUAGGUUAACAUAAGAAGGGAUUCUAGUGAAAUCCCAUUCACGACCCAGGAUUUAACGCAUUUCUCUCAAACAGUUGUUGCCGAUAUAUAUCGGCAAUGAUAGGUAUAUACCUAUCAUGAGAAUUUGUCAACGUUAUUGAUUAUUGCAUAUUGAAUUAUAUUGAUCGCGCAUUUUAAUGUACAAAUAUUAUAUAAACAUUAUUUGAAAUAUUUGCACGUGAAUGUUUAAUAUAAGCACAUCUUAAUGGUUACUUGUGCACCCUUUUAAAAAGUAGGCCUUAACCCGAUCCAAAAUAUAAGUAGGUGUUAUCGGCGCUCACGAAACAUCAGAAAAAGGUCUAAAAACAACAUACUCGUCGGAGCUAUACAUUAAGAAUUUAUAAGAUAAAGAUUUUUUUUUACUUACCUUAUUUAGUACAUAUAGAACGAUUGUGAUUCUGCUUUGUGUCAGACGUACAAACACAUUAUAUUUUUGUAAUGCUAUCAAAUAGCGAUACGUUAAUUAAAUAUUGGUUAGUUUAUUUUUCCACUAAAUUAAGAGGGCUGCUUAAUUCUUUACUUGACGAUUGAUACUUUAAUUUUAAGUUUAAAUUUUGUAUUGUUACGAAACCCAAAGGUGCGUAGUUUUAAGUGAUUUAAGUCUUCUGAUACCAAAUCAGUAUUGUAUGAUGUAGUGAAGCUUGCACAAUUCAUAGAUCAUCUAUCAGCAAAUUAAAUUUAAAUGAUUUUUCGAAUUUUAAUACAUGUGUAUUAUCGAUUAGAGAAUAUUGUUAGAGAAAUUGCAAUCUUCUUAAAUGCACAAUUUGUUUUAUCCCAAUCAAAGGAAAAUAAAAAAUACAUAAAACACGUCAUUAUUAUUGUAAUAAAUUUGAAAGAACUAUAAUAUGACAUAAAAA